AUGUUCGUAUUAUUAUUAAUUCUGUUGUUAACUCCCAACAUUGGUUAUGCUCUCCAAUGUAUAACUAAUUGUUCACUUGGCGCUUAUCUCUUCAGCCAAAAAUUUAAUAUUCCUGAUGGAAAAUGUCAACAACGAGUUUCAAAAUCUGUUUGCUCUAUAUUGAUGACAUUUGACUAUCACACGAAUUUGUAUUAUGUAACUUUUAGUAGUCUUAUAGAAUCGGUAGAUUAUUUUAUUAUUUCAUCAUUACCCUAUCUUUCUUAUUCAAUCAAUUAUCAAUGUUCAAAACAAACUGAUUGUGUUCUUCAAUAUGGAACGAAUAGAAUCGAUGAAAUGGUUGGCCGAGCCUAUAAUGCACGAGACAUAUACGGACAGCUAGCUCCAAUUAUUGGAAAUUCUUUAAAAAAUACUUCAAUUCAAUGUUAUAAUAUGAAAAAUGAAAUAGUCAUAUGUUCAUCAGAUGAAAUAUGUUCAAUAGAUUUUGAUCAAUUAGAAAAUAGAAUUAUAUCACGUGAUUGUAAACAAAGUUAUGGACCCAGAGUUUAUGUUUAUGAUCGUGAGGAUCGUGUAAAAUUAGAGGUUGAAUGUAAUCGUAAUUUAUGCAAUACUAAUGAAGUCAUUUCACAAAUCAAAAUAGUAUUAAAAAAUAAUGGAUUAACAGAUGCUAACGGAAGACGAAUUGCCGAUGGAAAUAAACAAACAAUUUCUUCACUAUUAAUGACAUUUUCUUUGUUUUUUAUUAUUUUUUAUCAUUUAUGA